GACUGAGCUUUUACGCACGGCGAAAGACCCGUGCUCCCCACGUUUGGUUCUCUUGUUUGCGUGGAUGAACUUUGCGAAACCUUCUAGAUGAUUCGAGAUUUGAGCAAGAUGUACCCCGUGGCACGGCAUCAGGUCUCACAUCAGCCGGGGCAGCCGUUCAAGUUCACUGUCACCGAGUCCUGUGACCGGAUCAAGGAGGAGUUCCAGUUCCUGCAAGCCCAGUACCACAGUCUGAAACUGGAGUGUGAGAAACUGGCCAGUGAGAAAACGGAGAUGCAGAGACACUACGUCAUGUACUAUGAAAUGUCAUACGGACUCAACAUCGAGAUGCACAAGCAGGCGGAGAUCGUCAAACGGCUGAACGCGAUCUGUGCCCAAGUCAUCCCCUUCCUCUCUCAAGAGCACCAGCAGCAGGUGGUGCAGGCGGUGGAGAGGGCCAAGCAGGUCACCAUGGCUGAACUCAACGCCGUCAUAGGACAGCAGCUCCAGGCUCAGCACCUGACCCACGGCCACGCCAUCCCCGUCCCUCUUACACCGCACCCCGCUGGCCUCCAGCCGCCCCUGGCCCCCGGGGCCAGCACUGCCAGCCUGCUGGCGCUGUCCUCCGCGCUGAGUCACCAGCUGCCGCUCAAAGACGACAGGAAACACCACGACAGCAACAGUGAACACCCGAGAGACAGAGACUCAGUCAAGAGCUCGUCCGUGUCUCCCUCGGCCAGCUUCCGGACCGGAGAGAAGCACCGCAGCUCGAGCGAUUACGCCUCCGACAGCAAGAAGCAGAAGACAGACGACAAGGAGCUGACCUCCACGCGCUACGAAAGUGAUGGAGAGAAGAGCGAUGACAACUUGGUCGUGGACGUCUCCAACGAGGACCCCGUGUCUCCUCGAGGAAGCCCCGCCCACUCUCCUCGCGAGAACGGACUGGACAAAUCUCGCCUGUUGAAGAAGGACGCUCCCCUGAGUCCGUCCUCCAUCGCCUCCUCCAGCAGCACGCCGUCCUCCAAGUCCAAAGAGAUUAACGUGGUGAGUCAUCUUCGGAUUCUUUUCUUUUUCAUCAAAUCUCCGGGUGUUUUGUGUGUGUUGCAGAAUGAGAAGUCCACAACUCCUGUGUCCAAGUCCAGCACCCCCACAUCCCGCUCUGAUGCCCCAACACCCAGCAGCACCUCCACCCCCGGCCUGAGGUCCGCACCCUCCAAACCAAUGGGUGUGGAGACCCUGGCUCCCGGUCUCCGUACGCCCCUGGCCGUGCCCUGCUCGUACCCCGGGCCGUUCGGCAUGGUUCCUCACCCGGGUAUGAACGGAGAGCUGAGCGGGGCGGCAGCCGCCUACAGCAGCCUGCACAACAUCUCCCCACAGAUGAGCGCGGUGGCGGCCGCUGCGGUGGCAGCUUACGGGCGAACACAAGUGGUGGGAUUCGAUCCUCACCACCACAUACGUGUCCCUGGGCUUCCUCCCAACCUGUCGGGUAUUCCUGGUGGAAAACCGGCCUACUCCUUCCACGUGAGUGCUGACGGACAAAUGCAGCCUGUGCCUUUUCCUCCGGACGCACUGAUCGGCCCUGGCAUCCCGCGUCACGCACGGCAGAUCAAUACCCUCAGCCACGGGGAGGUGGUGUGCGCUGUCACCAUCAGUAACCCCACACGUCACGUCUACACCGGCGGCAAGGGCUGCGUCAAGGUGUGGGACAUCAGUCAUCCGGGCAACAAGACCCCUGUGUCCCAGCUGGACUGCCUUAACAGAGAUAACUACAUCCGCUCCUGUCGACUGCUUCCUGACGGGCGGACUCUCAUCGUCGGGGGGGAGGCGAGUACUCUGUCAAUCUGGGAUUUGGCCACACCCACUCCUCGGAUAAAGGCCGAGCUGACGUCCUCAGCGCCCGCGUGUUACGCUCUGGCCAUCAGCCCCGACUCCAAGGUCUGCUUCUCCUGCUGCUCCGACGGAAACAUCGCUGUGUGGGAUCUCCACAACCAGACUCUGGUCAGGCAGUUCCAGGGCCACACUGACGGGGCCAGCUGUAUCGACAUCUCUAACGAUGGGACCAAACUGUGGACCGGCGGCCUGGACAACACGGUCCGCUCCUGGGACCUGAGAGAGGGACGGCAGCUGCAGCAGCAUGACUUCACCUCCCAGAUCUUCUCGCUGGGAUACUGUCCAACGGGCGAGUGGCUGGCAGUCGGGAUGGAGAACAGCAAUGUGGAGGUCCUGCACGUCACCAAACCCGACAAGUACCAGCUCCACCUGCACGAAAGCUGCGUGCUCUCCCUCAGAUUUGCUCACUGCGGGAAGUGGUUUGUGAGCACAGGAAAAGACAAUCUGCUCAACGCUUGGAGAACUCCGUACGGUGCCAGCAUAUUCCAGUCGAAGGAGUCGUCCUCUGUGCUGAGCUGCGACAUCUCCAUAGACGACAAGUACAUCGUGACGGGCUCAGGAGAUAAGAAGGCGACGGUCUACGAGGUCAUCUACUGAGAGGGCUGCGGCCAUCAGAAGACAAGGCCACUCCUCCAUCCAGACAGUCUGAGAUAUCUCCAUCGCCGGUGUACAUUUUUUUUUAAAUGUGUAUAAAAUGGAUUUGGAUGAAAAAAAAAAAAAAUCUUUCAUGGACCGUGACCUUUUGACCUCUUGGCAGGGUCGUGGAUCAAAAGGAACAAGCAGAACCAAGCACAGAGAUGUUGUUUUUAAAAAGUGUCUUUUUGUUGCUGUGAGAACGGGUGAAUGUCCACGUGCACUUAAUCUGGAUCAUAGACUGUGAGAUCACAUUCCUCUACGUCUCACUUUUAUGUAUCAUUAUAAGUAUCACUCUUUUUCUCUAACAUGAAUUCAAGCAGUUGUGACACAUGCAGUAUUUUGUUUUCUGCCAAGGCUUAAAAAGUAAAGUUGACGAACCAGAUUCCAGAAUAUCUCCCAGUAAAACUUCUGAUUCUGCUAAAGUUAAUGGAACAAAUUUCCCCAAACUUUUCCUCUGCUUAUUUGCAUGUUGCACAUGUGAAGCGUUAACUUGAGAGGAUGCUCCAAAGAAAUCAUCAACUAAAUCUAGACAAGAAAGAUUCAUGGUUAAAUGAUUUACUUGACCUGUGUCUGUUGCCUCUGACGUUUAUUUUCUGCCCGUGUUUCUUAAUGUUUUUAUUUAUUGUAUGUGUGUGUAAGUGUGUGUGAUUGUUGUGACCCUUUGGGCAUUUGCCCUCACCACAGACGGACCUUUGCACUUGGUUCUGCCCCAGAAGUUCAGCCUCCUCUGGCUUCACUCUGGAUUCUGUCCCACAGUUUCCAGUGAAACCAUUUCAAGUUGACGUUUCCUGCCCAGGUUUCCUGUCAAGACUUUUUGAACAUUUGUGUGAAAAGAAAGUGGUCCACAAUAUGGUUGUGAUUUCUCUUCAGUCGGCUUGUAGAAAUAACACAGUGCCUUUAUAAUGCUACGCUUCUGACUCCAUUUUGUCCUGCUGAGUGUUCGCCGACACGAGGAGCCGAAACGUGAUGGACUCUCCUCGGGUGGUUUUUAAACUAUUCUUGUUUUUGAGUGAACAAAAAUGAUCAUUGAUGAGUAAAGAAACCAAACCCAGAUGAUCCAGUUCAGACCUGUCGUCCUUUUCGAAAUAACCAGGACCAACUUCUUUUUAGCCGUGUCCCAAUUCAGUGGCUGCUUCCCUUGGAGGACUCGGCCUACUGGGUCUGCGAAGGCGAGACCUUCCUAAAAUGCGAUGGUUCAAACCGAAAUGAGAUGGUUUGGUCUGUGAAGGAUUUUUCUAUUUGCAUCAACAACCCAUCCCGCCCUUAACUUCACAUCGUUAACUGCUCUGCUCCUCCGUGCUAACUGCAGCUUGGCCACCCAUACCGUUCGCAAGCUAGCUACACCACUGCCAGGCAGAUUAGUUUGGCCCAGUAAGGAAUCCUCCAAUUGGAUCCUUUGUUGCUCUGGAAUUGAAGAAUUUUUCCGCCAUGUUUGAAGGAGUCUCUCAGAUUGGACAGCCUCACCCUGAUUGUGCCGCUGUGACAAAAUUGCUCUUCAAAUGCAUCUUCCGAAGGAUGCGGACAUCAAAUUGGGACACAUCUUUUCUUGUCUCUCCUGCUGUGCUGAACCCAUGCAAGUGAAAUACACUAUUCAUGACCACUGCUGUGUCAGUCUGAUUGUGUGAAGCACGGUGCUGUUAACAGGAUGUUAUGUUAUUUCAUUGCUCUACUUUUUCUUCUGCUUUCAAACUUGUUUUCUGCUGCAGCAGAACUCUCAACUACAGGUAGACACACUGUAACUCCAAGGGCAAAGAGAAUCAGCAGUUAUUAGGAUUUUAAUCAAAUUCAUAACCGACCAAAACUAAUGUCAACUACCUUCAGUGUUAACUUAACCAGACGAUUUUCUCACUCAACAUAAGUACCUCGAGACCCAAUCUUAAGGUCUUGCUCAUAUAUUCAAAUAUGUGACUAAACCCAACCAAGUCUGUCAGCUAUAACUUCCAUUUCUAGGCUCAUUACAAAACCAGAUCAAAUUAAGAAAUACAUGAAUCUACAGGAAAAGGUUUCCAGAUGAUCAAGUGUCCAAGGGAAUACAAUUGAGGAUAUCGUAGCUCAUCUCAUGUGCUUCAGUUUUACUGUUCAAAUGCAUGGGGGGAAAUGUUUCUUCUCAUUGCUAAUCUUACCUAUCUCACUUAUUCUACUUUACAUCUUCGUUCCUCCGUUUGUAUUCAAAAGACACAUAAUCUGCACUGAAGAGAUGUUUCCGUACGUUUACUCAGUUUUAUGGGACAUGACACAUACUGUAUGUACAAGUAUGCACAGUAUGUCACAUGAUUUAAGAAAAUUACUGAUAGUUACUGCACUGGUGUGAAUGUAAAUGUACAUUUUACACUGUGGUCUAAUGGGGUUUGCUUCUCAAGAGACCGUAUGAAAGUUAAUUCACUGUUAUAACUGACAUUCUUGCGAUUUGUUUUCAUGACAGAAACUGUAAAUUCAAAAUAUUGCUGGUGAUUGUUGUUUCUUGGCCUUAUGUUGUUCUUUCUUUCUUUCCUGAAACAGCUCUUCAGUUUUUCCACAGUCAGCUAUGCUUUCAAAAUAAAACAAUGCAUUCCCUCUCUCUGUCAAGGACUUGUGGGCUGUGAACAAGUUGUAACAUCUGGUGCCAGCGUCAUGAACUGUGUCUAACUCUCUGAAGCUUUUGUCCCCGUUAAUAAUAUAAAAAUAUGAAAAAUGGAUUUUAUUUGUACUCAUUCGAACCUGAAUGUUACUCGUCGUCAUCUGAUCGUUAGCUGGCUAACACGACCUGUCACACAGAACAUAUGAAUAAUGUUGUGUUGAGCGUUUAGCUUGACGGGACUCAUGAAGGUUAUAAAUAUACUGUAAACAUGUAAUAAUUCAAGCUUACGGUGAAACUUCCUGUUGCUAGUUGAGUUUUUUUUUCUUCAAUUACAAAAUGCCUUUGCUCUCUUUUUCUAGUCUGUGGUUGAUUUAUUAAAUUAUU